AUGGAUUCAGAUGAAAUCACGUUGGAGGAAAAAUGCGAAAAUCUUAUGAACGUGGUCGUUGAAUCACGUAAAAGGUUUGGAAAAAUAAUCAAACCUAAGAAUCAGAUUCCCAACAUAGAUGUAGAUCUUAUGAGGAAGGAAGUUGACGAUUUUAUGGCUGAUAUUUUGGAAAGAAAAAAAAGGGUAGAGAAUUUAAAGAAAAAUUUAAAAGAUGCACAGCAUAUAGUCUUGCAGCUUAACAAAGACAAAAUUGGCAAGAAGCUUCGACAACCACUCAGUGCAGAGACAAUGUUAGCAGUUGCUAAAAACAAUCAAUUAACUUAG